GAGUCAGCCCAGGCAGGCAAAUCGCUCCUCACCCUCUUGUUCCUCCCGGGAUGGACAGAGCCUCAGCAGGGCUGCACAGCCACAAGCCACAGAGAAGAUGCUGGCUCCAUCCGUCCAUCCGCUCCUCUGGCUGUUUGGCUGCAUGCUCUUCCGAGGUACUACAGCCUCCACAGAGUCCUCUGUCCAAGCUGUUACAGGUCAAUCCCAAUCAACAACUGACAGUCCUGAAGUAAAGAACCAUACCUCAGAGCCUUCAGUAAAAUCAACACCACCAACUGACUUGAAUCUCACCUCUGUGGGUCCAACUACUACAGCCAAGUCCUCUUCCUUCACAACAACACUGCUAACAUUGACUGUGCAAGAUGAAAAGCCUACUGGAAGCACAAGCACAGCAACUUCACCAUCUCAAGGUCAAGAGCCCAUGAGAAGCAAGAGUACCACAGCAUCAGUAACUCCAGGUGCUUCCUCCACUCUCUCACAGGGAGGCACCUCAAAUCCAGUCACCCCAACACCAAUGUCCUCCGGCUACCUGCCUGUGCCCACUCCAACAGAUGAUAAAUCCCCACUGACAGUGGCAGCUUUCGGUGUCAUCAGCUUCAUCGUUAUCCUGAUAGUGGUUGUGAUCAUUCUGGUCAGCGUGGUCAGCCUGAGAUUCAAGUGUAACCGCUCAAAGGACUCAGAAGACAAACAGAAACCAGGAACCUCCAUGGUAUCAGAGAGCUGCUCAGCAGGCACAAGCCAGAAGAAUAACAGCAUCACCCUGAUCUCCAUGAAGAACAUCAACAUGAACAACAGCAUGAGUUACCCACCAUCAGAAAAGGUGCUAUGAAGCCAAGAGCCCAGAGCUUGAAGCUGACACAACCAGUGAUGACUUUCCACGUUCUUUUUAUUAUGUUUUUAGGGUUUUUUUAUCUUUAGGGAAGUGCAAGAGUGGACUUAUAUAUAAAUUAUUAUGUCCUUUCUGAUCAAUACAUGUACAGUAGCAUCCCACAUAGCUUCCCCACCUGGGGUCUAAGGGCUUUCUCCAGUUACAGCCUGCCACGCUCAGUGGUUGAUAUCUAUUUUUUUAUAAGCCUUCAACACUCAGAUUAUUCGAGCAGCAAGAACCACCAAGGCACCAUCUACUUCACCAAUAAACUGCUGCCUUAGAUUAAUGG